AUGAUCCCAUUGUUUGUACCUUGCGUCUUCGGCGAUAAGGUCCACACUGAAGUGAAGCGACUCAGAGAACUUUUAGCUUCAAGACUCUAUGAAAACCAAAUGGAUAAGUCAAGUCGGAGUAUAGCGAGAGCUCUUCUAGCCUUCACGGAGACCCGCGAUUUGUCAUUCUCGCUGCUGCGCAUGUUGAACAUCGAUAUUUCUCUGCCAUUCAAGUUUGUUGGUCUACUCGUUACCUACCUUAUCAUUCUGUUGCAGUUUGAAAAAGUUAUUAAUCCGUAG